GAGGCUGCGUCGAGUCCCCAUUUGCCUCCGGUCCGAUAUCGAAUAUGUCAUUCGUUCAUUUUUUGGUAAUAGUCCUCGUGUACGAGUCGGUCGUCUGCGAGCGCACUUUCAGUAUCGACUACCAGUCGAACUCCUUCGUCAAAGAUGGUGAGCCAUUCCAGUUUGUCUCGGGGAGUUUGAAUUACUUCAAUGUACCCCACGAGCUGUGGGAGAAACGGCUGCACUCAAUGAAACUCGGCGGCGUCAACGUACUCCAGACGGGCAUCGAGUGGCGUUCGCAUGAAUCAGAGCCCGGCAAGUACAGUUUCCGCGGGCAGAACGACGUCGUCGGAUUCAUCCGGAUGGCACAACGGAUCGGGUUUCUCGUGAACAUUAAAAUCGGACCCUUCAUUGACUCGAACAGGGACAUGGGUGGUAUGCCCUGGUGGCUUUUGAGCUCGAAGUCAAUGGAGCUGCGCACGGCUAAUCCCUCGUUCCUGGCUCCGGUCGACCGGUGGUUCUCGGUAUUACUCCCGAAACUAAGACCUCUCCUGUACCGCUUCGGAGGACCCAUACUACUAGUGCAAUUGGAGAAUCAAUACGGAUCGUCCGGUGCUUGUGACAGCAACUACACCGCUCACUUGCUCGGAACCGCUCAGCAGUUCCUCGGAAGGGAAACCGUUUUCGUCACCGCCGAUGUUCCGACCGACGAGGCUCUAAAUUGCGGCAGUCUGGCCGGCUGUCUGGCCACCGCCUCGUUCGGUCCCGCGGCCGAUCCGGACUCUGCCAUCCGAACGAUGCGCCGCCACCAAAGUACAGGUCCGCUGGUCAACUCGGGCUUCUCUACAGCCGAUGCCGAUGUAUGGGGUCAUGCCCAUCACACCUCCGACGGGACGGCUUACGCAAAGCGACUCGACGAGCUCCUCUCCCGGAACAUGAGUGUGAACAUUGCCAUGUUCCACGGUGGAAGCAAUUGGUAUUUCGACUCCGGAGCGAAACUCGACAGCGGGUCGUUCUCGCCAUUCACGACAAGUUUCGACAUGGACGCGCUAUUGGACGAGGCUGGGGAUCCGACACCGAAGUUUUUCGACGUCAAACGAGUUCUGAAAAAACGAUUCCCGAAUGUCCCCGAUGAAGAUCCCGCAACAGGUCCUAAAAUGAUCCACGAGCCGAUAAAAACACCCUUAGUCUUCGAUUUGGACUUCAUUAUAAGACACAUGGAGAUCGCUGGCCUGUACCAGACGACGCCGAGCCUGAGCUCGAUGGAGAGUUUCGGACUCGACUACGGGAUCGUGGUCUACUCGACGGCUGUUCCCUCGUCAGCGAGCGGCUCGGCGGUGGUGCGCAUAAACGACGUCAGAGACCGGGGCUAUGUUUACGUGGACGGCAAGCUCCAGGGUCGUGUGGAUCGCUCGCAGGACACGGCCGAAUUCACUUUGAAUUUCUCGAAUAACUCGAGACUAGACAUCGCCGUAGAGAACCAGGGACGAAUGUCGGACUCUGCUGGCAUAUCCGACCGCAAGGGUAUGAUAGGCAGCGUGACAAUGAGGGACUCCGAGCUCGGACCUUGGAAAGUUUUCCAAAUCGCCCGCACGCAGGCCGAUUUGGAGCUCCCGGGAGGAGCAAGGCUGAGUUUGGGAGAGUCGCGAAUUCGCGGAGCAACAAAAGGCCCACGGGCGAGACCAACCGAAGGUUUCGGGAUUUACGCUGGAUUCUUCGUCAUCACGGAAAGCAUUUGCGAUACUUAUCUCAAGCUCAACGGCUUCACGAAGGGCUAUGUCUGGCUGAACGGAAACCAUUUGGGAAGGUACUGGACAACAGAAGGACCUCAACAGACGAUGUACGUGCCGUCAGUUUUUUUCAACGCGAGCUCUGUCCCUCAGCAAAUCACCAUCAUUGAGCAAGAGCAUGCCGGCGACGACCCCAGCAUCGAAUUUGUCGAUAAACCAAUGACGAAAACUUUCCCAUGGAGAGGGCGAUCCGCCCCGGUAGCACGCCCGGUAGCUCCUAUGCCCCUUCCCGAGGAAUAAACCGAACAAAUUAUUUU